ACAGUUUCAACAGAUGAAGCUAUCUUGGCUUGCACAUAACAAAGUCUGCUGUUUUCGUUUUUUUCUUUCUUAUUUCCCUGUGCGCAAUAUGUCAACUGAAGCUGUCAAAGACACUGUUGCAGCUGCUACGGUUGCAGCUGCUGAACCAGCAGUGAAAAAUGAACAAAAACCGAAGAAGAAGCAACAAGAACAACAAGCAUUCACCCUCAAGACUCCGAAGGGUACUAAGGACUGGGCUGACAAAGACAUGAUUGUCAGAUCUGCAGUCUUUGAUCACUUGACAAGUAUUUUCAAAUCCCACGGUGGUGUUACUAUCGAUACCCCUGUUUUUGAGCUUAGAGAAAUUUUGUCCGGCAAGUACGGUGAAGACUCGAAGCUCAUUUACAACUUGGAGGACCAAGGUGGUGAACUAACUUCCUUGAGAUAUGAUUUGACCGUUCCCUUUGCAAGAUUCGUUGCAAUGAAUGGUAUCUCCAACAUCAAAAGAUACCACAUUGCCAAGGUGUAUAGAAGAGAUCAACCAGCAAUGACCAAGGGUAGAAUGAGAGAGUUCUACCAAUGUGAUUUUGAUGUUGCUGGGCAAUACGAUAGCAUGGUGCCAGAUGCCGAAAUGAUGAAAAUCUUAUGUUCCGGUCUAGUCGGUUUGGGUAUUGAAGAUUUCAAAGUUAAGCUCAACCACAGAAAGAUAUUGGAUGGUAUUUUUGAAGUCUGUGGUGUGAAGGCUGAAGAUGUACGUAAGAUCUCCUCUGCUGUUGACAAGCUGGACAAAUCUCCAUGGGAAGCAGUAAAGAAGGAAAUGGUGGUAGACAAGCAUCAGCCAGAGGAAGUGGCUGAUAAAAUUGGUACUUACGUCAAAAUCAACGGUACUAUCCAGGAUGUUUUGGCAACACUUAAAGCAGAUGAAACUUUGAUGAGCAAUGCAUCUGCUAAAACAGGUAUCGAAGAAAUCGCAACUAUGGCCGAAUAUCUUGAAGCUUUCAAAGUUGAUAAAUUUAUCUCUUUCGAUAUGUCCCUUGCUCGUGGUUUGGAUUACUACACCGGUGUGAUCUAUGAGGCAGUUACGGAGCAAUCUGCUCCGCCUGAAGGUGCCAACGAGAAGAAGGAAAAGGCAAAAUCUAAGGCAAAGAAGUCUAAGGACAAUGAUGAUGAUGCUUCCGAGUACGUCGGUGUUGGAUCUAUUGCAGCUGGUGGUAGGUAUGACAAUUUAGUUGGAAUGUUCCUUGGAUCGAACUCCAAGGGUAAGAAGGCUCCAAGUAUCCCUUGUGUUGGUAUUUCUUUUGGUGUUGAGAGAAUUUUCUCUCUCAUAAAACAGCGUCAAGCCUUGGUUGACAAGAUUCGCCCAACCUCAACCCAAGUUUAUAUCAUGGCUUUUGGAGGUGGUGAAGGAUGGGAUGGAUUCCUCAGCGAACGUAUGCAUAUAGCAGGCAUGCUUUGGGAUGCUGGAAUUGAGUCCGAGUACUUAUACAAGAAGAAGGCAAACCCUCGUAAGCAAUUCGAUGCUGCUGAAAAAUCAGGAUGUCCUAUUGCUGUAAUCUUAGGUAAGGAGGAAUACCCUAAGGGAGAGGUUCGUAUUAAGGUGUUGGGCCAAAACGAAGAAAACGAAGGUGAUGUUGUCAAGAUCGAGGAUAUGGUUGACACCAUCAGUGAAAAACUCAGUCAACUCAAAAUUAACGGCUUAUCCGAUGUGGAAAGAUUAUUGCAAAACAAAUAAGUAUUUGUUGUGUAAACCACUUAGUUCUGUUAUAUAAGAUUCAUAAUGUAAUCUAGCAUCGUGAGAAAAACAUUAAGAUCACGAUUGGCGAUACUGAAAGCUCUAUCAGUCACCCACGCUAUGUGACGUAGCCACCGCUGAAAAUGAGUGAGAGAGUAAUAGUAAAAUAGAAAUAUUCUAGUUUAUGAAACAGCAGAAGGAAAGCUUCGUUUAUAAAUAAAUAAUGGGUAAAUAAUAAAUAAUAUA